AUGGACCAGAUCUACUUCGAGAUCGGCGAGGACACCGUCAACCUGACCAAGACCAAGCGCGCGGAUCUCAUGGAGGUGUGCGGCCCGAACGAGUCGUCGCUCGGCAAGGCGGUGGAGGCGCAGCAUGGCCAGGUGAUACGGUGUGGGCUCUUCAACGGCUAUGACAUGGGCACGGCCACAGGCGUCCGCAGGGCCAUACAUCUACUUCGAAUGGCACGACCUCGACGUUUGGUGUUCAGCCCCCCGUGCACCGCAGACUGUCCCUUCCAGAACCUGAACCAGAAGACGGAGGCCCAGAGGAAGCAGCUCUCGGACAAGAUCCGACAGGCGCGCAGGAUCCAACGGGGGUGCCUGGCCCUGAACGAGGAGGCGAAGAAGAUCGUGGACUGCCACAUUGAGUUAGAGCAGCCCUGGAACAGCCACAGCUGGUCGAGGUCACCCUCCAUUAAGAAGAUGCGGUCAGAGAUGUACGAGACGAUCAUCCAUGGGUGUGCCUACGGACUUCGUGACGAGAGGUCAGGACUCUUGGUGAAGAAGGCAUGGCGAGUAUGCUCUACCGACCCCGACUUUGGAGCGAAGGUGGGCCGGCUCUGCAGCAACCGAACGGGACGAGGAGAUAAUCACCUACAUCGUGCCAUCGAGGACGGACAUCUGGUGGCUCAGACAGCCUACUAUCCUCCGGCCAUGUGCCGAGCCUGGGCCAAGCACAUCCUUAAGAAGAACAUGACCUCCCAGUACGGCAAGGAGAUCUACGCGGGCCUGGAACAGAUUCCAGAAGAGGACGACGUCGAGACGUCGGGCGAGCUAGGGGAGCUGAACACGGAGGAGGACAUCGAGAUGGAGACCGCCGAGGCUUCCCUCAAAGGCCUGGGCGUCAAGACGGAGCUGUCGAAGAAGGAGGUCUCAGAGAUCGAGCAGAGACUCGCGCGACUUCAUCGCAAUCUGGGACAUCCCAGCAACAAGACACUCUACAAUAUUCAAGGCGUGGAGAUUCCGGGCGUGCUCGAAGUCCUCGCCACGGACGGACUGGAGUUGCUCUCACCUCAGCAGACCUCCCACAUCAUGACCCUGAACCUCGACGAGGGGUCCGGCCUCACCAGCGUCACCUACCACGGGCAGAAGGGCGAGCGCAGCGGCAACCGGUCAGCCAUCGAGGUGAUCUCUACGUGGGAAUCGUGGUGCAGCCACUACCGUCAACCUGCCCUCCUUCGCAUGGACCCAGAAGGGUGCCACUGCUCUCAGAUAGUCGCGAAGUGGGCAUCCGACCAUGGGGUCGAGAUAUGGAUCGCACCUGGGGAGGCGCACUGGCUCAUGGGCAAGGUGGAACGUCGCAUACAGCUCUUCAAGCGCCUCAUGACGAAGAUGGCCACCCACGACCCCGAGUGCAGCACGCAGGAGCUGGUGGGAAAUCACUCCCCAUUCGAGCACGUGCUGGGCGUCACAGGGAUGGCCCCCACGAGUAACCCCUUCGCCAUCAUCGACGGGGACACCGGCGAGACGCAGGAGCAGAGGCGACUUCUGGCCCGCCAGAGCUACCUCGAGUGCGAGUAUGCAGAACGGCGACGCCAUGCCGAGCAAGCCAGGAACCGGAUCUACCAGACCUGGGAGGCCGGCGACCUCGUGCACUUCUGGCGCGACGGCAAAGGACGGGAGAACCGACCUGGCAAGACAGGAGGGUGGUACGGACCUGCACGAGUGCUUGUUCAGGAAAAACGGCAUAUCGACGGCCGCACUCGGGUGACCUCGGUCGUCUGGAUCGCCCACGGGAACACGUUGAUCAGGUGCGCGCCCGAGCAUCUACGACCAGCCUCCGAGACAGAGAAGAUGCUGACCGAGCUCAAGAAGCAGGCCUCCCUCGGUAAGACCAUGACAGAGAUCCUGGAGACCGCCAAGGCUGGGACGUUCGAGGACCUGGUGGAGCAGCGCCGCCCAGACCUCACAGCAUACGAGCCCCCGAGGACCACCGAGGCAUUCCAACCAGGUCUAUGGCUCAACCAGAAGCAGAACCAGGCGAACCCUCCGAAGACGCUCAGGACCAGGAGAUGGCACCACCCGCAGGAGCAGAGAUACCUCAGCAGCCUCCGCCAGUGGACCUACCUCCAGCUGAAGCACCAGCCUCUGAGGCCGCCGGAGAAGCGUCGGAAGGACAACAACGACAUGGACGAGAGCGAGCUCUGGGCGGACCUCCAGAAGGACGACCUGGACAUUCUCCUGGGGAUAGACGAGCACCAGACAACAUAUUUCGAGCACAUCAAGAGCGAGGGGGCCGACAGGAGCGUCGACAAUCGGAUGAUGCAGGCAGUUCUCAACAGCUUCGUCGCCAACCAGCGCCGGAAGGACAAGCUCGAGCUCUCAUGGUCCAAGUUGAACACAUCCGAGAGGGCAGAGUUCGAAGUGGCCAUCUCUAAGGAGACGGACAACUGGCUUCAGCAUCGUGGACUCCGACCAGUACCUGCGUCUGAGGUCAAGGACAGUGCCGACAUCAUCCGGGCGCGGUGGCUCUUCACGAGGAAGGCGGACGGCAGGGCCAAAACGCGACUCGCGCUCCUCGGCUACCAAACGAAGGACCUCGGGAAGGAGCCUACGGCUAGCCCAACUGCAUCUAGACGGGCUCGCAACGUGAUGCUCACGAUCGCGGCUGCGCACGACUGGAAGUUGAUCAAGGGUGACGUCACCUCGGCGCUCCUGCAGGCUAACGAGCUGGACAAGGACUUGUUCAUCGAACCCGACGCCGCGCUGAAGAAGGCCUUCAAGGUGAAGGAGGGUGAGCUACUACGCGUCGUCAAGCCCGGGUACGGCAUCGGGGGGGCCCCGCGUCACUGGUGGGAAACGGUGAAGGUCGAUUUCAAGAAGCUCGGACUGCAGCCCCGCGAGCUGGAGCCGUGCAUGUGGCAGGUGCGGUGCCCACAGACCAGACGCCUCAUCGGUAUGGUCAUGGCACACGUGGAUGACUUCAUUCUGGCAAGUGACACCGCUCACCCCAAGUGGACCAACAUCGUGUCUCAGAUCCGGAAGCUCUACAAGUGGGGCACCUGGGAGGACAUGAAUGACGGUAUCACCAGCCUGGAGCAGUGCGGGGUCACCAUCGAGGAGAACGAGAAGGGGUUCUUCCUGCACCAGCGCGCCCACGCCGACAAGAUCGCCGAAGUACGGCCAUCUGACGGAGGACGGCACCGACCGACGGACAACCUGCGCGACAAGGACCAGACCGUGCUGCGUGCGUUCUGCGGGGAGGUCUACUGGCUGGGCGUCAACACCAUGCCCUUCCUGCUCGCGUGGGUCGCAGAGCUCCAGUCGAAGAUUCCUGAGGGCACCCGCAGUCUGUUCACGGCCGCCAACAACAUCGUCAAGCUGAUCAAGCAGAACCAACGCAUGGGUCUUCAGAUCCACCGCCAUGACUUGGACGACCUGGCCGUCUUCACGCGGUGCGACGCAGCCGGGCUAGCCGGCCAGAUGGCCAUUCACAAG